UUCUCCGCUGGUCGGCCCGAGAGAAUCAAAUUGUUGCGAAGUUGCAGACGAGAAAUGAGUUCGUGGGUUUGCUCUUCCGUGACUCGAUUCGUCCCGAGUGCCGACGAUUCGCAUCUCUUAUCCGCAUUUCUGGUCCACAGUUUCCCAGCGACGACCUCCACCAAAUUCCCGCUCCUAUUCCGAACGAAAGUUCCAUUAUUGAUGCUUCCAAGGUCUCAAUCUUCUCCAGAUUGGAAGACCCAUGAACAGGAAGAAGACCCAGGAAGUCCAGUUCAAGACCUCAGGGUUCCUGACGAGUGGUUACUUCCUUCCCGAGCCAUUGAGGAAUCAGAAUGGCUGAGGGGUAAACUGCAGAAAUGGUUGGAUGAUGAGUACUGUCCUGAGCCGACCAAUGUGGAGAUCAGUAGAGUAGCAGCAGAAUCAUACUACAGGUCACUGAUGGAGAGAGAAACUGACAUAGGGGUGAUAUUGCUGAAGAUGGCUCAAGACUUGACCUCCAUUUCUUACAAAGAGAGCUUCCAUGGAGCUUUCUCCUCUGCAAAUGCGGCUGUUAAUUUGAUCAUCGAGAGAAUAGGAUCCCCAUAAUGGGUUUGGUUAUCCUUUCUGUCUUUUGAUUAUAUGCCAUCUUUUAACUUUUCUUAGGACUGGUAAAAUGAAACCCCGUUUUAAUCAAACCCUCUUUACCAUAAACAUA